GAAACGGUGGCAGUGCCCAUAUGGGGAAACUUUCCUGUGUGUCCACAAGAGGGGUCCUGGAGCAUGUGUGGGCUUGUGGGCCGUGGAGGGGAUUCCUGUGGAGGGGGUGGUAGCAGUCUUCUUGCCCUGGUUCUUUGACUGCCUUUACCUGCAGAAUCUGGGGGUGGGCCUGGGGUCAGGCGGGAGCUGUGUGUUCCCAACUUCAGGCAUGUAGAAAUCAUCUUCAGUAGUCCCUGCCUGAGGACCAGGCCUGGACUCGAAUGGUCAGCGUAUGGUGGGUUUCGAGGGAGCUUCCUGUCUAUCCAGUGGCCCUUAGAGGAGAGAGAUGCUCCGGGGCCUGGGCAGGAUUCAGAGCCAGAGAAACAUAUGAUGGGUGCCCUCUUCAAAUUUAGGCAGCCUGUGCCCAUAGUGUUUCCAGGAAGGGCUUCCUGGAGGAGGAUUGGAUGGGCUAGAAGAAGGUAAGGAUAGAAUAGAAAGACUUGUCAGGGGGUUUCACACCUGGUUAGAGGGGCUGAGGAAAUCCUGGUGGCAUAGUGGUUAAGAGCUAUGGCUGCUAACCAAAAGGUCGGCAGUUCUAAUCCACCAGCCACUCCUUGGAAACUCUAUGGGGCAGUUCUACUCUGUCCUAUAGGGUUGCUAUGAGUCAGAAUUGACUUGAUGGCAACAGGUUUGGGUUUUUUUUGUUUUUUUUUUGGUUUAGAGGGGCUGAGGGGGGUGGUUUCUUUUCCUUUUAUCUAAAUUUCCUCAUAGCACUUGUUGUUAGUUGCCUUCGAAUCAAUUCGAACUCAUAGCAACCCGAUGUUGACCUCAUGUUGACCCUGCGUGUGCAGAGUAGAACUGCCUCAUAGGGUUUCCAAGGCUGCAAUCUUUACAGAAACUGACUGCCACAUCUUUCUCCCGCAGAGUGGCUGGUGGGUUCAAACUACCCAACUUUCGGUUAGCAGCUGAGUGCUUACCACUUCAGUGAAUAUGGAUUGGGAUCAGGGAGAUUUACAGAAAAUGCAUUCUCCUAUUUUCCUACCUUUCCACAUCCUCUGGAGAGUUGGGUAGUGUUUCCUGUGGUCUAACCUCAAUCCAUCCUGCUGUACCUGCAAUGGAGCCUAACCUUGUUACUCCAGGUUGCAUGAGUCUUCAGAGCCCCCAGCAUCACAGAGGGUCAGAAAGAACCAGCCACAUCCGUGUACCCCAUCCCACCUUGAGGCCAGAGAGGACGAGCCUUGGGCUCAGGGAGAGAUGUUGCUUGGGUGGGUGCGAAGUUAAGCGUGUGAGGGGCUGUUGGAUCUCUGGGUUUCUAAUUGCACUUUCAUUUCCCAGGGUAACGCUCCCCAGUCCACCCACCCCCUACCCCGGCAUCAUGCAUCGAACCACACGGAUCAAAAUCACAGAGCUGAACCCUCACCUCAUGUGUGCCCUCUGUGGCGGGUAUUUCAUCGAUGCCACUACCAUCGUGGAGUGCUUGCAUUCCUUCUGCAAAACCUGCAUCGUGCGCUACCUGGAGACCAACAAAUACUGCCCCAUGUGUGACGUGCAGGUCCACAAGACCCGACCUCUGCUGAGCAUCAGAUCUGACAAAACCCUUCAAGACAUUGUCUACAAGUUGGUCCCUGGGCUUUUUAAAGAUGAGAUGAAACGACGACGGGAUUUCUAUGCAGCUUACCCCCUGACAGAGGUCCCCAACGGCUCCAACGAGGACCGUGGUGAGGUCCUGGAGCAAGAGAAGGGGGCCUUGAGUGAUGAUGAGAUCGUCAGCCUCUCCAUCGAGUUCUACGAGGGUGUCAGGCAACGGGAGGAGAAGAAGGGACCCCUGGAGAAUGGGGAUGGGGACAAGGAGAAGCAGACAGGGGUGCGCUUCCUGCGGUGCCCAGCAGCCAUGACGGUCAUGCAUCUUGCCAAGUUUCUCCGCAACAAGAUGGACGUCCCCAGCAAGUACAAGGUGGAGGUUCUCUAUGAGGACGAGCCGCUGAAGGAAUACUAUACCCUCAUGGAUAUUGCCUACAUCUACCCUUGGCGGCGGAACGGCCCCCUCCCCCUCAAGUAUCGUGUCCAGCCAGCCUGCAAGCGGCUCACCUUGCCCACGGCGCCCACCCCCUCAGAGGGCACCAACACCAGUGGGGCUUCUGAGUGUGAGUCAGUCAGCGACAAGGCUCCCAGCCCUGCCACCCUGCCGGCCACCUCCUCCUCCCUGCCCAGCCCAGCCACCCCCUCCCAUGGCUCUCCCAGCUCCCACGGCCCCCCGGCCACCCACCCUACCUCGCCCACUCCACCUUCGACAGCCAGUGGGGCCUCCACAGCGGCCAAUGGGGGCACCUCGAACUGCCUGCAGACACCAUCUUCAACCAGCAGGGGGCGCAAGAUGACGGUCAAUGGAGCGCCUGUGCCCCCCUUAACUUGAGGAAAAGGACCCUCCCUCUCCUUUUCCAGCCAUGCCUCUCCACCCCUCCACUUUUUCUGGGCUCUUUUUUCCACCUCAUCUACUUAUUCCCAGCUCCUCCCACCUUAGGGGUGGGGGGUGGGUUUUAUAAAUAAAUUUCUAUAUAUAUGUACAUAGGAAAAACCAAAUAUACAUACUUAUUUUCUAUGGACCAGCCAGAUUAAUUUAAAUGCCACAGGAAACAAAACUUUGUGUGUGUGUGUGUGUGUGUGUGUGUGUGUGUGUGUGUGUGGGAUGGGGUGCUCAUUUGUAGGGGGUCUUGUGUAAUUUGCUGUUCUUUUCUGGGGUGCCUGGAGGUGGACAGGAAAGGCCACUUGAGGCUCAGUAAAAGCCUGUCCCAUCCUCCCUCUGUUCCCUAAGGUAGAUGGGGUGUUGGGGGGCCCCACCAGGCCACAAAGCUUUAGGCACAACUCCUAACUGGGUAUGUAUAGGGGUGCACCCAGUUUUCUCUACCCAUCUUGGCUGCUGUCCUGCCCCUGACCAAGUAUGUCUCUCCCCCCAUUGUUGAAUGUUCACAGAGAAUUGUUAAGACAGUGCCUUUUACAACUGCAGUUUAUCCCCUGGUUCUGAGGAGUGGGUGGCCUGUGGGGGUGGCAUCUCCUUCACCUUCUCCUCUUGCAGUGGAAAUUUUGUGCAAAGAAUAGAUAGUUCUGCCUUUUUUUUUUUUUUUUUUUGCCCCCUUGUGUGUGUGGCCUUUGUAUCAUUUAUCUUGUGGAAGAGAAGAUUCAGGCCACAAGAGGCCUCAGCCCUUGAAAUUCCACUGUGGCUUUACAUUGUGAACAGCUUCAUCCCCUCCUGCCCUCCUUACUUCACCCAGGAACCCUCUCCAGCAAGGCUGAUGGUGAGGUUUCACUUGGGAGCCUGCAGUGGCAGAGGGUGGGUAGGGGUUAACCUCAGACAAGCACAGACCCCACGUUUUGCCCUCCAGUCCUUCCUCCUCACCCCCGCUGAGACAGAGUCAGGACAGGGGCCGACAGGGGCACCUAAAAGCACAAGAAGAUGGAAACCUGUGAGCUCUGACUCACCUCCAUCCCCUGAGGAGGCAGACCCCAGCAGACCCCUGCCCACCUGUUUUUCCUCCAAUGUACAUAGACUGGGAGGAGGUGAGGAGGGAAGACUCUAGAUUCUAUCACAACCUAGGUGUGUGGGCUUGGGAGCCCUCCAGGGCAUUUUUGUCUGUGUUUGCACCUUGUCCUGUGUCUGAGGUCCUGUGACUGUGCCCUCCUGCCCUGGGACAUUUGUAUCUCUUGGCUUUGUAAUAAAUGCUGCAUACUCUCCAA